UUGUAAAGUGAAAUCUUACACGCGGAACUAUAAUACCUUGUAUUACGGAUAUAUUUUCGUGUAACACCUGUUGGCAGAUGCUCGACUGUACAGUAGCAGAGAACGUGGUAAAGAAAGGACAUUAUAUAGAGCCAACAACAUCAUAUUUUAAAUUUUACAUCACAUUAACUUGUCCCGGAUCAUUUCUAGGUAUCACUAAUAUACUGCGGUUGAUUUAACCUCGAUUAAAGAUAAUGAAGCAGCUAUUUUGGCAAAGCUAACCAUCAGUUUCCACAGUGCGUCUGUCAAAUCAGUCCUCUCUCUGAGCUCAUUGCGUUUUGAUUCAAACACUACGGAUACGAACGGGCAGAAAACAUGGCGAGUUUUGCUAGUACAAUAUUUUAUAGGGUAGACAAGGUGUGUCGCCAUCUCCCCGUAGCCCUCAACACCUUCCUGGUCUUCUCUAUCACCGGGGAGGUGAGCUACCUUGUCUUGGUCGAAGCUCCGCUGGAGGCGGAUCAGAAGAAGACGGAGUGGUCCGCCUGGUGGAAGAUGAUCCACCUGCUGGCCCAGUACUUCAUGCUGGGCAACAUCUGCUGGAACGCCCUGCUCUUCCUCAGAACCAGUCCCAGCAUCAAGGGGGUGUUCCUGGGUGGAGAGGGCAUGGGCCAGGGGUGGAGGUACUGUUACACAUGUGAGACACACACUCCUCCACGCUGCUCCCACUGCUACGACUGCAAAGUGUGUGUGCUGCGGCGGGAUCACCACUGUGUCUUUUUUGGCCAGUGCGUAGGCUUCCGUAACUACCGCUACUUCCUCAGCUGCUUGUUAUUUAUGUGGUCUGGACUUCUGUAUGCCACUCUGAUGAACGCAGAGGUCUUCAUUGUCAUUUUGAAGGAAGGGGUGACUGUGCACAGUGUCCUUCUGCUGCUCAUACCUUGGAUCAUGUUGGUUUCAGGCCAGGUCUCAGCACGUGCCUUCGCUUUCGCCUUUAUCGCAGACACGUGUGUGGUGGGCUUUCUGCUGGUGUCCGCCUUCUUCUUCUUCCAUCUCUUCCUGCUGUUUUGGGGACAGACCACGAGGGAGUGGUACUCAUCCCGCCGACCCUACAACCUGGGACUCCUGGGCAACCUGCGUCACUCUCUGGGCUUUCGCUGGUACCUCUGCUGGCUUUGUCCCCUCAUCCCAUCACCUCUGCCUGGAGACGGGAUAAACUUCCAGGUCACAGGAUCACUGGAACCCACACGGUAACACCUGAAAGUCUGAAUAUUUACAAGCUGUGUGUCUUUACUUUAAUGGUGAUGGUUAAUGUUAUUGGGGAGCAGCAGCAGGGAAGAUAACCUCAGUUCAAGAAGAGGUAGCUUGGGAUUGGAAGAAGCUAGAAUAAUGUGUGGUUGUUAAAGAUGUUACUGGGUAUAACUCUCUGCCAGUAACUUCUCUGUAGCCUUUGCCUGUGCUGAAACAAAGAAAUCUUGGGUCUACUUUGGAAGGUAUUGAAGCGGGUUUCAGAAUAUUAACACAGUAAUUAGCAGUAUUACUUUGGAUUACUGGGCACUGAAAAUGUGUGUAAACAUCACUGAAAUGAGAAUGUAUUUUAUUGGUUGUGAAAAAUAUAUGAAUUCUUAUUAAAAAGCACUCACCGUUGACUCCUGGGUAGUCAUCCUCUUUGAAUGAGUGACUACUUAUCUGGAAGGUUUGUAUACAGUUAAGCUGCCUAAAUCUGAAUGUUGAACAUAUUUGACCAAAAAAACAACUAUCAUUAGCCUCCUGUCUGCUCUUGUAUUAGAUGAUUGUGUUGCACUUGUGCUUUCCACUUCUACAUCCACUCCUGAGCUGAGUUUAUUACACUGAACUUUAUACAGGAUAUUGUUGGGUCAAUGAGAGGGGAUUCACAAUGAUGUCUCAACAUCUACAAGACGACUUAUGUCAGAAAGCAAUCAGCAGAAAUUGUACAUGAUGUGAAAUCUAGUGUUGCAUUUUACAGAAUAACAUAAAGCCAUCAA